GGAAGCAGAGAGCCAAGAGAUAUCUCUAGGAUGAGCGUGUGUUUCUACGUCACGCUCGGAUGAUAGAAACAGCUCGUAGCCUCGUCUUUAUAUCCUCCUUCUUCUUCGCGGCUCUUUGGAUUGUGACUGGAUUCGUCCAGUUUUCUCCUCACUCUUUAAGCCGAGAGACAUCUGGAGAUCUGAAACCUUUCAGCGUCGUUGGUGUUUCUUCGCAAGCAAGCUGUCUGAUAGUUGUCUGUUUAUGAGUGGGAAAGUAAAUUGAUUUCAGCUGCAGACUGCUCAAACUUGCAAACUUCUUCAAUCGACUGUAGGUACAUCCUGCAGUGGCAACUCUCGGUAUGCGUUAUUUCAUGAACAUGCUCGCUCAGGUCCUGAAAUGUAUAACAAUCUUGUCAUGAAUAUGACAUUAUCUUAAACGCAAGAAUUAGUACAUGCACCAUAUGGGAAAUAAAGGAAAUAAAUUAUCCAGGAAUCUGCCUUGUCGGUGCUUCAGAGGCUUUUACUCCUCGGAGUUCGGUAGAACAUGGCAAUACGAAGUUCUUCUCAAGGGUCGCGGUCUUGUGCCAACUACGGCACUGACAGUAUCUUGGACAACAGUGGAUAGUUCAUUGAGGAUCUCCUUGGACACCGUCUCCAGAUUGCAGACCUUUGACCACAGUUAGGGUCCGGAUCAUAGUAAUUAAUCUUCCCACUGAAUAUCUUCCAAAUACAGUUGAUUUCGAUAUAGCUCUACUGAUCUUCUUCGCUGAAGUUCCUAAGGAGUCACCUUUGAACUCAGCGUCAAUAGAAUGUAACUGUAAUAUCUCUUUAAAUGCUUCACCGCUGCAGUCCAAACGUUACUUGCUGUCAGAGUUUCGAGUCAGAGUGAUUGAAAACAAUCCUUCUACUGAUUCUAAACGUACAACUUCUUCCUCACGUUUUAAGGCUUCGGUUCUUUCCCUGCAGUAUGCUGUUUUCAACGACUUGGAUUUAGCUCGACUUUACUUGUCUUUGUUCUGAGAAUGUUUGUCGAAGGAAAGCUUCAACAGGGCUAUAUUGCAGAUCGUUUAGUAGGCAGGUAACAGUGACAACAUAGUCUAUGCUAGAUCAGACUCAUUCGUACGGAUUCAUCGACACAAAGGAAAGACAGCCUUAUAAUGAAACCAAUCCCU